AUGUCAAUUCUUUAUUAUACACUUAAUAAUUCAGUUUUUACUAAUUUUGCUUUUUAUUCAACAGCCUCAAUUGUCAAAUUAAUGGGUAUGGCUGCACUUACUACAAUGAAGCGAUUAUCAAAAGAUGCCUUUGCUACUCCUGAAGAUCGUACAUUCGCUCGAGAUACAACAGUUGUAGUUAAAACUGAUCCAGAUGUUGAACGUAUUCGUCGUAAUCAUUUAAAUGAUAUUGAAAAUAUAAUACCUUUUGUACUUGUUGGCUUUUUCUAUGUUACUACUAAUCCUCAUCCAGAUGUAGCUUAUUGGCAUUUUCGAGUCUUUUUUAUUUCACGUUUAGUACAUACAGUUUGUUAUCAAAUGCCAUUACCACAACCUGGUCGAUUUAUUGCUUGUGCUGUUGGUUAUCUUACAACACUUUCCAUGGCUCUACAAGUUUUAUUCUUUGCUCGUCCAUAA